ACAUUCCAGUGCAGCGAAAUAGAACAAACCGAAUAAUGCUCUCUAUGCGCAUUUCGGAAUGCACUCCUGUAGACUUUAUUCAUGCUUUUCGGAACGCUGUAUACCGACUCUUGUAAUCUUCCAUAAAAUUAUCGACGGGACGAGUGAAACAGAAAUUGGGACGUGUGAACUGUGAAAACUUUUGUAUUUUGUGCGUGAGUCAAUUUGCAGUUGGAUUAUGGCAUAUGUUAAUGUAGCCGAGUGGAAAGCCGAUCAGGUGUGCGAGUGGUUGAAAGGUUUGGAUAGCACCGUGCUUCCCUACAUUCACAGCUUUCUAAAUCACGAUGUAAACGGGCAGCAGUUAUUAAACUUGCAAUCACAGGAUUUGGAAGAGUUGGGCGUGAUAAAGCUUGGUCACCAGGAAAUCAUUCUUGAGGCCGUGGAAUGCCUUAAGGGAUUCCAUUAUGACCUCGAUAAAGAAAAUCUGCAGCUACUGGCGCUGCGACUGUCCAGCCAGGCGCACAGUUUGCACAAAGAAUUGUGUCGUCAGAGGGAUUCAGAGUCGGUCACCACUCAAACGUUGUCAGAUGUAGCAUCAAUUAUGAUGGCGGUGAAGCCGUUGGUGAGGUGGAUGGAUUAUCCGCCAUUUAGCGGGCACAUAGAAUAUCAUACCAAGAAGAUUGAAUUAAUGAAGAUAUCCAUAGAAAUGGCUACAUGUGCGCAAAGAGAUCGAUUUGCUGAAAAUCCGGUUUAUGAUAUUAGAACGACUUGCAGACAACUGGCAACGUUAGCAGAUUACAUUGUACAAGAAAUCGUCGAUCCUCUUAUUCUACAGCCUGCAAGUUUAGAUUUAGCAACUUUAAAGAAGAAAUCUAGUGAUGAUUUGGGGUUUACCAUUUUACCAUCUUUUCAUGGAAUACAUCAAAUAACUGAAAUUAAACUCGGAUCUGCCGCACAUUUGUCUGGUAAAAUGACGGAAGGAGAUGAGAUAGUUCAGAUAAAUUAUCAAACGGUAGUUGGUUGGGAGAGGAAGAAUUUACUUGAAUUAUUUCGUGAGAGCCCAGCAGAAAUGCUUCUGACCAUAAAACGUAGACCAAGGCAUACUAAAAUAUUUGGACAGAUUUACAUAAAACCGUAUAAACUUCCAAGUAACAAAAAUACUUCUUUUGCAAAACAAGGACGUAAACUUUCGUCUCCUAGACCAGAAUUAUUAACAAUACCUGACUUUGCAAUGCCAUCACCCAGACACAUGCCAAGAGGAUCCGACGGAGAACCAACAAGUAUUUUAGACGCAGUUAAAAUGUUGGAUAUAAUGACCACGGACAGUAGCGACUCCGAUAGCGAAUCAGAAUCGCAGCUUUAUGCUAAACCAAGAAGUUUAGUCCAAAGGCGAGCUACGAUAACAGGCGCCAGUCCCACAUCCAAAUACGGUAUCAAUCUCGAACGGUUUUGGAAGGAGUUCAAGCGAGAGCAUAAUGCGGCCGUUCAGUUGCGUGAUAAAGCAGCAUCUUGCGCCCACGGUUUGGACAAUGUGCCAAUGGUAAAUAUACGGCCCCAAACGUGUUUAGGAUUAGAGUCGGCGAGAAAGAAGAGCAAAACGAGUAAUGAGCAAACGAAUAAAAAGGUGCAAUUUGAAGAAAAAUUAAUCAAUACUGAGAGCGCACGUCCGGACGAUAUAAAGGAAACAGUUACUGUCAUCGCGCGAAACUGUGACGAUGGUGCAAAUAUGAUAAAUAGAGAUACUAAUAUAGAGGAUCUGCGAGCAUCCACGGAUAAUGUCAACGAUAGCAAUAAUUUAAACGAUACAACUGUACCUUUAGACGAACAUAAUUCUGUUAGCGAUACAGGUAGUAUUAAUAAGAGCAUCUUGAGUGAUAAAGAGAUCGGUACGCGACAUAUUAAAAAACUCAGUAAAUCAGACGAAAACCCUAGUAUCUCCGCGUACAAUCUGUCAGAUACCGUUGAGAAAUUGGAUUUGCUUGACUAUAUAUCAAAUAAAAAUUUAAAAAAAACUGAUGCUUGUACAGUUGAUUGUAAAAAAUUUAAAGAUGCAAGCAGCGAGUGUAAAGAAACACCUGCUGAAAGAUGUGACGUUGCUCAAAAAAUUAGCAAUAUCGAGAAGCAGAUUGCGCGUGAGAAUGUGAGAGAACAAGCAAGUGCCUUUGAAGUGUUUAAAAGUAUAGAUGAUGCAUUAAAUAAUUUAAGUUUUGAGAACAGCACAAAUGAGGAAAAUCAGAAUGAUCCUAAACGCAAUAAGUGUGCGGUUGAAUGCGACAUCAUCGUGAACGAACACUUCAAAACUGUUCAUUUGAAAAAUUCGACAUGUAAAUGUCAUGGGAAUGCUGAUAAAAUAAAAUGUAGCAAUAGUAAUAAUAGCAGUAGUAGUACUAAUGGUACUAGUACUAGUAGUAACAGCAGUAGUAAUAGUAAUAAUAGUAGCGACAGAAACAUUAAUGGUAAUAGUGAUAAUAGUAGCAAUAGUUGUAGUAAUAGUUGUAGUAAUAGCAAUAGUAGUAGUAACAGUAGCAUUAAUGAAAGAGAUGAGACAUCACAGAAAUUAGAAAAAAUUUUACAAACGAUUGAUUGUAGUACCUUAAUUUGUGCGGAAUUGGAAAAUAAAUUUUCCUCAGUGCUAUCGAGAGAGAAUUUGUUGCCAAAUAACAAUACUAGAUCUAUCGAAGAUGAUCUGUCAAGUGUUUAUAAUGUUUCUGCAAAGACAAUUAAAGAGGAGAAAUCCGCGGACUCAUCUUCGACGCAGGUCACAGUACAGUCCCAUUGCUGUAUAGAAUUAUCAAAGAUUGAGUUUAUUAAAAGAUUCAACAAUAAGCCUCCGGAACCGCCGCCUCGUAAAUAUUACAUGGAUCAGGCGAUAUCCGACUCAAAAUUGAACAACGCUUUGCGAGCUCCGAAGGACUCGCACAAGCCACAAGUGCCAGAGAGAUCUGGCUUAAAACGAGACUGUAAACAGGUAGAUUUAAGUUCUAAUCAUGUUAAAAGUAAUUCAGAUUGUCAAGACAGAAGAAACUUCUCGGACGUGCGUACGCUCAUUUAUACAGAAAAUUCGACGAACUUUAUUGGCGAACCACGAGCUUUAAGUUUAAGCGAUCAAACAUUUGAUCGUUUAAACUUCUCCAACGCCUUGUUGUAUAAUGAAAGUAAUGACAAGCAAUCGAGAGAAGAGAAAUGUUCUUUUGAAAAAUAUGAACCUUUUGUUGAAAAGUUCGUUUGCUCAGAUCAAUCCAUAACAGACUGUUAUAGGUUUGAUUACUCUCGUAAUGUCGAUUGUCCUGAUGGUAUAACACACACGAAACAAACAGCACCGUCAGAUUUAAAACAGAGAUUGUCAGAGAAGGAUAAAAAUAUUGAAAAAAGUGUUGUUAAUAGAGCUAUGAUGGUAGCUAAGAGUAUCGGCCUCCAUAGCAGUUUGAAUAAAUCCAAUAGCAGUCCGAGAAGCAAUAGAAAACGGAAUAUGUUAUUGGCAAAAGGGAGAAAUGUAUCCGUAAAAGACAUUUGUACUGGUGAUUUAGAAGGAUGGCUAACGUAUCGUAGUAGAGGAGCGGGUGGUGCGUGGGCAAAGGCCUGGUUUGUAUUAAAGUGUUCAUCGUUGUACAGAUUUAAAACACAGGACAGUGUGAAAGCCGAUUGCUUGAUUAUAUUAACGGGCUUUACCGUAUCGCCAGCCGACGAGGUAAAAUCAAGAAAAUAUUCCUUCAAGGUGUACCAUACAGGAACGGUGUUUUAUUUCGCCGCCGAUACUGAGGACAGUUUGAUGCUAUGGCUGGACACAGUUAGUAAAGGCACUUUAGGUGCGGAUGCUCAAAACCAAAGCGUCGGACUUUUCAGCGAGACUGAUGAGAGUGAUAGCGAGAGUCACAAAAGCAAGCCAAAAUGUCCUCCGGAAUCUUCGAAAUUGAAUCCGGAGAAAUCAUUCGGAUCUUUGAAAAAGUCUGUGCGAAAGGACGUCGGAUUGUUUAAGGAGAUUGGCGGGGCGAGCUUAGAUCGAAAAUAUUUGAAAUUUCUCAGUGCCAGAAAUCAGAAUAUACCUGUUCCAACAGCGCAAUUUAGAAGCUAUAGACGAGUGGUUCCUACAUUGACAUCGAACAAAAAAGACGAUUGCAAUUUAAAUUCUUCGGAUUUACAAGUAACAGUCGCUGGUAGCACAUUUUAUGGCUUGACCACGUCUCAAAGUGUUACGGAUAUGUUGAAUAAUCCGGAUAUGAAUGAUUAUCGGCAUACUGCAGACAGAUCUGUUGAUAGAAGAUUCGACAAUUCGCAAAGUUUUUUUACGCAAGAAGAUUUCAUGACAUCACAGCAAAAUGCGGAACAUCAACAAAGUACAAUAAACAGAUCAAUGGUUCCGCACGUGAUGCCUUUGCUUGGUGAUCACAUACAUGUGGAACACAGGAACCUGAAUGAUGACAUGGCAUAUAGCGCGCAAAUUAGACAAUUAAAUACCGAUGCAUUUUCGCUCGACGGCAAUAUUUAUGGCAAGAUUGGCGAUGAAGUGCCGAACAACAAUGUCGUGUGCAUUUAUUCAAGGAACACGAAUGCACAUUUACAUGCGCCUUCUCAAUCCGUCAAAGAUAAUACCAUUACUCUCCGAUCUGAUAGUGAAACGAGUCGCGCGAACGAUAAUAAAUCUUACGGCAGGUGCAUGACAAUUGGACAGAAGAGGAUAUGGGAUUCGUCAAGUUAUGCGCAAAAGAAAAGAGUGCAGGAAUUUGUGAGCACUCAGAAAUCCAGGCAUGACGAUUCGUUUUGUUGGAAAGAAUUUUCCGGAUCCAGUUGUGAUCUCGUAAGUCACGCGGUGCCUAAAACACAACAAUGCGUGAUAAGAGACGUAUCGAUUAGUCGGAAGGAAAGCUUCAAUCUCAAUCGUAACGAUUAUAAUUUAUUUUCCGAUAAAAAUUGGGUAAAUUCACUAAGACAUGACAAAAAGGGCUUGAGCUGCGUCAAAAAUCAGCUGAAGAAUGUUGCGCAAUAUCAACCGCCACCUAUUCCAACGUCGUCCUUUGAACAGGAAGGAAUGCGCGCUGCGUUCGAGAUGCAUUUAGAUAAAAAUGAUCAGAAAACGAGUCGCCUGAAAGUUUUGUUCGGCACCAAACAACAAAAACCUAGUACCUUAGACCUUUCUAAAAAUACUGAAAGUACCGUAUUAGAAGCAAGUUCGCCGCCAUUACGCAGAGCGCUAUUUUGUGACAAGUAUUGCUCCAAUCAAUUACAGUCUCAAUUAUCCACUUCUUCCGGCAGUCCGAGUCCUGGCGACAGUGGAAUUGGUCAGUCUCAAAAUUCUUUCAACAACAGUCCUUGCGAGAUGUUUGCUCAAGCUUUUGGUUCGAUUGGAUCAGUCAACAACUUGAAUUCGGAGAUUACAACAUCUUCUGAUGUAUCAAAAUACGACGGAUAUUCAUCGAGUCAUAAGGAGAUUCUUAAUUCCGGAAGGAACCUGGCACCUCCAACGUUACCGUACAUACCACCGCCAACAUCUCCGCCACCCGAUUAUUCUGGUUUAGAAUAUCCACCCGUAUUUGAGCCCGAAACUUACUCUCUUUCGGAUGCGUCGUUACUGCGCAAUCGUAACAAAAAUAGUCAAAACACAAGCCAAUAGUAUAGAAUGAAUCAAAUGUAUUUUUUCAAUGAAGCAACCAAAGAUAAUUUUUUUCAACGACAGAUUGUAAAUAUAGAGAUACAAUUGAACUUAUUACAAAUCAUAAUAGACAGUUAGUAUUAUAUUAAGUAUUCUCUAAAAUAAUCGUCCAUCUUAUAGCUCCACAAAUAAAUUGAACAUAUUUAUAGUUGUCCAAACUAUAAAGAAUUUAUUUUUCACUAAAGCGUAUAUUAAAGACGAAAUAUAUUUUACAAUUAUUGAAUAUAAUAAUAAUAAUGACAAAGACUGAACUAGAUAUUGUAAUUUCAGAUUUGUCCAUUUCGAAAUUAUUUUAUAUGAUUUGAAAAAAAUUAAUAUUAACAAAUAUAAUAUUAAUGUUCCUCCUCCCCUCGUUCUAUUAAAAAUAAAUCUUACGAUAAUUUAAUGAUAUUUUGGUGAGAAUUUAAGAAUUUGUUAUAUGUAAACUACUUAAUUACUUAUAUGGUUAAUGAAAAUAAGUUCUUGUAGAGUGAAUCACAUUAAUACUGUUGACCUCCUGACACUGUUCUAUAUCCAAUUAUUGCGUGGCUAUUUAAGAGCAUCCUGACGACGUUAGAUUUGCCGAUUAAAUGAAUCUAUGUGCGUGCAAUAUCGUACGGUGCGAUGUAGUAAUAAAUAUCUAUUUUACAAACAACUACAUAUGCAUAAAUUUUUAGACAAAAUUUUUUUUUAUACUAAAGUUUUUAAAGGAUUAUUUUUAAAAGUACAAAAGUAAAUUUCUUUUAUGUAAUUCCGAUGGAGGUGUAUGUUUGUUUUAUACGAAUAAUGUCUAAGUUUCAUAUACAGGAAAUAUUGUCACAAGUCGACCGCAGGAGUCAAUAGCAAAACUGUAAUUUUCUAAUUUUGUUUUUUUUUAAAUGAAAUUGUUGACUGCACCCUGCGUUAUUGGAAAAAUAUUUCUAAUUUUGUAUAAUUAAUAAAAAUAUUACUUUGUUUGAAAAAAAUGUGUUUAAUUGGUAAAACAAACCUAUCGUCAGCAUUUUCUUAAGAGGAUGCUAAAGCUGUUUUACCGAUUAUAUUAAUUAUUUUUAAUUCGCUAAUCAGUAGUAUAUGGGACGCUAUGGGGCGUCAAAACAAACCUCCACUCUCUGGCGUCAAAACAAACCCCUUCUCCCCCCCGUCUGGUCCCGGGUGGGAGAGUCUAGACGGAAUGACGUCACUGGAGGGAGAAAAAUUUAAGGAAGCGUUUUUGAUUGGCACCCCAUAACUGCCCAGGAUCUUAAUUGGUUACCCUGAGCAUACUACUAGAUUUUGAAUAGAGAGUGGGAGGACAUUUAGGAACUAGGGUCCCCUGUUUAACGGUGCGAUUUGAUUGGCACCCCAUAGCUGCCCAAAGUCUUGAUUGACUGGCAUGUACAUACUACUUUAGUAAGAUUUAGUAAGAUUUAGUAAGAUUUUGAAUAGAGAGUGGGAGAAUAUUUUAGGACUAAAGUCUUGCCGGGGAAAAUGAUGAAGUUGUCGUGAGGAAGAACGAAAUGUCAGAUCUUAAAUCCGAGCGUCUUGCUCAGUGGGGGAGUGAGUCAGGUACAAGGUUUUUGUAGAACGGAGAUAACAGACUUACAGGACAAAGAUGCUUUGUAAGUAAGAUCUUUUUGGUAUUUUCUUAUGAUACUUAAGCUGAAAGCAGGAAUGACGAGUAUGUUUUGACUCUUAUAUUAAAUAAUAAUAAUAACUACAUAUUAUGGAAGAGGGCAAAAAAGAAAUAGACGUUGCUUAAAAUUA